AUGCCUGAAAUAACUACCCAGUCACCAGAUCCCCAGCACCAGUCCACGUUCACCAGCCUUCUACCUCGCGAAAUCCGAGACAAGAUCUAUUUUGAGCUAUGGCGCUCCUGCGGUCUCCGCCAACACAUCAUCUGGCAUCGUAACAAAGGUGGCAAAGCGAAAUCUCACUUCUGCCGCUGGCGAUGCACCACGCCAUUCUCUGUUCAAGACGAGCUCCAAGAAAAGAUUGAUGCCACCAGGAUCCAGCUCGUUAUCCCAUUGGGGGAUAGCUUCAGCAACAAGACUUAUGCCUUGCAGCUCUAUUCUGCUUGGAAGAACCACUUUGCGUGUGGUCAGAGCAUCGGGGAGGUCUAUGGAGAGGAUGCCGAUCCUGGGAUUCGAACAUGUUCUUCUCUAGAGCCAUGCUGGAGAAGCCACAACUUGAGCUCGGAGAAGUUGUCGACAUGCAGCGCAUACAUGAGUAUGUUGCUGUCAUGCAGGGUCUUAUCCUUGGAAUGCCUCAAGUCAAUUUAUGAAUCGACUACCUUUAUCUUUACAGACAUUUUUGCUCUCAACAUGUUUGUCGGUUUCUGCAAGGUACCGGAGCUCUGGAAACGGGAGGUCGAGGUCGCCAUUUCGCCGCCAGCCUUUCACACCUACGGCAGACAUCUUGAGAUAUCGUUAGAGCCAGUUUUCCCUAUGCUGUUACCGUGCUCAUCGCCCACUCUAUCGCCACUGCCCGGAGAGCGUCACACAUCUUUCGAUUUUCAUGGGCUUCGCCUCGAUCUUUUGGAGAAUCUAACGACCCUGAACAUCUGGGUACCUGCCCGCUGCACGGAAUUAUUGCUAGACAAGGACGCAGAUAACAUCGAUCAGAGCCCCUACAAUAUCACUCAGUUAGACCUUGAGUCUCGCAAAGAGGCCUUGUCAUCCCUCAAUCACGUGAGAAACGUCACUCUGAGUAUGCCUCUUACCCAAGUCUCCGAGCCUGAAGACGCUUAUGUCGUUGAUGAUGCACACCUACGGAUAUGGCGCAGAGGUGCAGGGGAUAGAUUCCAUCCAUCUUUAUUGCCAGUCAUGGAGGUUGAACGCUUGAGCAGUAAUGUCUACUCAAGCACAAAGAGAUCGGUUCAGCUGGCGUAUAAUCCACAAUCCGAAACCAGCGUUCAUUAUUCACUACUUGACACUUCCACUUCAAGUGAGGCGGUACCAUCACGACGUUGGGGCGUAGCUCGACUGGUUGAGAGAAUACGUGCUAAGAGUAUGAGAAUGGAAAGAGGUCGCAAUAUAUAGUAACUGGAUGGGAGGUAUUGCUAUGAGAAAGUGCUGAGCUAUCGUACCGCUGUUUUAUAUGCUGCCUGAAGUUUGUGCUAUGGACUUUUACAGUAGCAUACAUAUAUAUAAUCCAAGUUCUAAUGUUGAAUACUAAUGGAUUACCUAGGC